AUGGGAUCGCCACACUCACCACUUUUGGCAAACGUCUGCAUGAACAAAAUAGAAGAGAACUUCAAGAUGGCACCGCUACAACCGGCAGUGUUCAUGCGGUACCUGGAUGAUUAUUUUGCACUUUGGUCACAGGGAAGAGAAAGACUCGAAAAGUUUCUGAAGUUUGUUAACCAGAUUGAUGAACAAAUUAAAUUCAUGAUGGAAGUAGAGGAAGCUGAGUGGUUACCGUUCCUGGACGUUGAAGUGAUUUGCUCUUAUGGGACGCCCAAUCAUCCGAAGCCUACGCUUAAGGGAUAA